AUGGUGGGGCUUCAGUUCCCUAGAAUCGCUGUUGUAUUGCUAUUGCAAAGUAUAGUAAUAUUUUCUAGACAUAGUUUUGGUUUUGCAGCAACAAAAUCAAAAGGAGUCAGCAUUAAGAUCAUCCCAAUAGACUCUCGGGAGUCUCCCUUAUAUAAUCCUAACCUUACUCACCGCCAAAAAAUUGAGAGAAUGGUUAAUGUUACCCUGGCUAAAGCUAAACUUACAACAUUGAGUUCUACUCAAAAUUCGACAUUCGAUGAUGACAAGCAUUUUUCUCCUAUAGACCGUCAAGAUAAGUACUAUUUGGCGCAGAUGUUAAUCGGAAACCCAACUCAAUAUGUGUAUUUGGUGGUGGAUACUGGUAGUUCGCUAAUUUGGACACAGUGUCAACCUUGCGAAAAUUGUUUCCACCAAACUUAUCCCAUUUACGAUCUGCGAGCUUCCUCUACUUACCGUGGAAUUUCUUGUGAUCACCCAAAUUGUAACCAUAAUGAAAGAGGCAGCCUUUUCCAAUGUGUUGAUGGGAAUUGCGCCUACAGUAUUCAAUAUGGUUACGAUGGACUUAUGACUGGCCCGACAAAAGGUUUUGCAUCUUUCGAAUCAUUUACAUUUUUAGUGAACGACAAUGGUGACACGCAAACAUUUCCUCUUCUCUUCGGUUGCUCCACUAAUACCCAAAGAUUCAGUUUUGCUUCUGCUCAAGACAAUAAGAUUUCUGGGAUCUUGGGAUUAGACUUCAAUCCAAUUUCACUAGCGUCCCAAUUGUCAUAUGUCUUCUCUUAUUGUAUUGUUCCCUAUAGUGAUCAUUUUCCAUUCGAUGUGCAUCCUCAUAUACUGAGGUUUGGGCCGGAUGUUUUAAUUCCACAGAACAUUCCAACAACGAGUUAUGUACCGAUUGAAAGUACAGAUUUCUAUUACCUUCGUCUUUUAGAUAUAAGUGUGGGAGGUUCUCGCUUAAAUUUACCACCAGGUACCUUCGACCCUUCCUCUGGUUCUGGUUUCUUCAUAGAUUCAGGAUCUCCAUUUCCCACACUCACCACAAGGUCCACGAACGGGCUCAAUGUUUUUGAAAUGGUGAACACAGCAUUUAGUCGCUACUAUGAUUCUCAAAAUUUAGUGAGACGUCCUGCUCAGCCUGGUGAUCAAUUCAAGAAUUGUUAUAUGAUAGAACUUUUUAUAAAUGCUAUAUCAAUAACCUACCAUUUCGAAGGGGCAGACUACGAAGUAGAAUCUAGGUUUGUCAGCGUUGCAGAUUGGGAUGAAGGAUAUUUCUGUCUAGGAAUAUUGCCCCAACCAGGAAGAUCUCUUCUAGGAGUUCAAUUUAUGCAAGAUAUGCGCAUAAUUCAUAAUGGCGAAAUCGGAGCACUUCAGUUUUACAAAGCACAUUGUGCUGAUGAUUAUAUUUAG